CGCCCCUGGCGCCCGGCUCCCUUGCGUAGAGCCGCAGUGUUGUGAUCACGUGGGCUGCCCCGGGCGCGCGGCUUGUUUUGAUUUCCUUUCCCUUCACCCGGCUUAUCUUUGGUGAGCCGCGGUCCUUCCCGGGGUCCCCUGCCGCCUGCACUCCAGCUAGUGUUCGGGCUCUCUUGGUCCGCGCUCCUAGGAGCCCCUCGGAGCGGCGUCCUGUCAUGCCUCUGGUGCGCUACAGGAAGGUGGCCAUCCUGGGGUACCGCUCGGUAGUCCGAAAGGACAAACGGUGUGAAUGUAGGUGGAUGAUUAUAUUACAACAAUCUCUGGUCCUUAAAGGGAAGACAUCUUUGGCCCAUCAAUUUGUGGAAGGCGAGUUCCUGGAAGGCUACGAUCCUACAGUGGAGAAUACUUACAGCAAGACAGUGACUCUUGGCAAAGAUGAGUUUCAUCUACAUCUAGUGGACACAGCAGGGCAGGAUGAGUACAGCAUUCUGCCCUAUUCGUUCAUCAUUGGGGUCCAUGGUUACGUGCUUGUAUAUUCUGUCACCUCUCUGCAUAGCUUCCAAAUCAUUAAGAGCCUGUACCAAAAGCUACAUGAAGGCCAUGGUAAAACUCGGCUACCUGUGGUGCUUGUGGGGAACAAGGCAGAUCUCUCUCCAGACAGGUGUGUAAACCCCUGUUGCUCAUGGCAAAGGAAAAGAGGUGCAGUUAAUUCAAGGGAAGAAGCUGGCACAGUCCUGGGGCGCUACGUUUAUGGAAUCAUCUGCUAGAGAGAAUCAGUUAACUCAAGAUGUUUUCAUCAAAGUCAUCCAGGAAAUUGUCCGUGUGGAGAAUUCUUAUGGGCAAGACCGCCGAUGCUAUCUUAUGUGAGCUCUUGGCAUCGAGUAGCUUCCUUGUUUCUGCUGUAUGCAUUUUCCAGCCUGGAGACAGAGGCAGAAGACCCUCAGGACUUAACUUGUAUGGUUGCCAACUAUGUCCCUGGCCCUCUGGGCAUAUGGUGUGGUGCCCUCAUUUUUGCACACUCAUCCCAGGUUCUGGUAACCUGGAUGUUAAUGUUUACAAAGGGGCAAGAUGUCUCAUGGACACUGGCUUCUAACUCCUUGUUUUUCUAAAGGAACUUUUAUAAUCUGCACAGUUGGGAUAUGAUAUGAGUCUUGGGACCCACCCUCCUGGGUAGGUUUUGGGUUUUGGUUGAGUAAGAACAUUGGUUGCUUGGCAGUUCUAAAGUAGAACUGGCUUCUGGGGUGACAAUGUGUAUUUGCAAAUAAACUGAGAAAUCUUUUGUCGUUGA